AUGGCUGCUGCCGUGUUCACCCUGUGUUUGCCCUCGCUGGCGUUAUUACUGUGGGUGUCGUGUGAGGCAUCCGAACCGGAGAGGUGCGCGUACCUGGAUGGAGCGAAGCAUCUGGACAACGUCGGGCUCUAUCAGGACGGUGACGUGGUCAUCGGGGCGGUCUUCAACGUCUUCGUCCUGCCACCCGCUCUCGAUCUGAGCUUCACCCGGGAACCGUACCUGCCCCCCUGCUCAGAAUUUCAGGAGGGUCACGUCCAGUGGGUCCAGGCUCUCGUCUUUGCCGUGGAGGAGAUCAACAGGAACGGCUCGUUGUUGCCGGGGGUGCGACUGGGUUACCGUAUCAUGGACAGCUGCGGGCGGUACCCGUUCAGCCUGAGAGCGGUCAUGUCCAUGAUCAGCGGCGGGACGGACGCGUGUAAAAGCAGCCGACCGGCCAAGGUCAUCAUAGGAGACUCGUCUUCCACGCAGGCCAUGAUUCUGUCCAGAGCCCUGAGUCCACUGCACGUACCCAUGAUUAGCCACCUGGCUACGUGCGUGUGCCUCAGCAACCGACGCGAGUUCCCCAAUUUUUUCCGCACCAUCCCCAGUGACAUGUACCAGGCUCGUACCAUGGCUCAGCUGGCCAAGCGUUUCGGCUGGACCUGGGUCGGCGCCGUGGUGGCUAAAAGCGACUACGGCCUUCUCGCGGUGCAGGCUUUCCAGGAAGAGACGAGGGGUACGGGGAUCUGCCUGGCGUUCGUGAGCACCAUCCUCCGGGAGAGGUUAGCCAAAGACGUGGCGAGCGCCGCGUCCGCCGUCGAGAGGUCAAACGCUCGGGUGAUCAUGAUAUUCGCCCUGGACGUGGACGUGGAGGCGUUCCUCACCGAGCUCGUCCGGAGGAACGUGACGGGCCGCCAGUUCCUGGCCAGCGAAAUUUGGAGUACCAGCGGCAAUCUGUUAAACAACCCCAAGCUCGCGGGCAUUGCUCAGGGCACACUGGGCGUGGCUAUCAGGAGUGCGCGCAUCCCGGGAUUCGAGAAGCACCUUCAGCAGCUACAUCCCUCCCGGUACCCCACAGACUCCUUCCUGCGGGUUUUGUGGAAGAAGCUGUUCGGCUGCGGUCCGGAUCAGGAACCCGCGCCGGACUCUCAGGGGGGUCUGCCGGCCUGCAGGGGGACGGAGAGUCUGCAGGGGGUUCAGAGCAGUUUUACAGACGUCUCCGCCCUCAGAGCCACCUACAACGUGUACCUGGCGGUUUACGCAGCGGCGCAUGCUCUUCACUCUCUGCUGGACUGCGCGGCUCCUGAAAGCUCAGAUCCUGACGGGACGCCGAGCUGCUCGUCUCCAGAUCUGAUCUCCAGUAAACAGCUCCUGGAGCAGCUUAAGCUGGUAAAUUUCACCACGCCAUCAGGAGAGAAGUUUUAUUUUCAGGAUGGUGAGAUACCAGCUGCCUAUGACCUGGUGAACUGGCACAGAGGUUCUGGAGGGAGCCUGAAAUACGUCCCUGUCGGGCGUCUGGAGGGGUCUGAGCUCAUCGUUAACCAAUCCGCUAUCAGCUGGCCAGGAAACUCCAACAAGGCGCUCGUGUCCGUGUGCACCCCUGAAUGCCCCCCGGGCACCCGUAAAGCCGUAAAGAAGGGUCUGCCAAUCUGCUGCUUCGACUGCCUGCCGUGUGCCGAUGGUGAAUUCAGCAACGUCUCAGGCUCGUUGGAAUGUCACCGCUGCCCUUCUGAAUUCUGGUCCAACAGUCCGAGGACUGCGUGCGUCCCCCGCGAGAUUGAAUUCCUCUCCUUCAACGACACCAUGGGCGUGACCUUGGCGGCCGUCGCUGUGUCCGGCGCCGUCACCACGGCGGCCGUGUCGGUCGUCUUCCUUCGCCACCGACUGACCCCUAUCGUCAAGGCCAACAACUCGGAGCUGAGCUUCCUGCUCCUGCUUUCGCUCAAGCUCUGCUUCCUGUGUGCGCUGGUGUUCGUGGGUCGCCCCUCGGCGUGGGCGUGCGGGGUGCAGCAGGUCGCCUUCGCCGUCAGCUUCGUCCUCUGCAUCUCCUGCAUUCUGGUCAAAACCAUCGUGGUUCUGGUCGCGUUCCAUUCGGUCCGGCCCGGAUCGGCCGCCCUUCUGCAGUGGUUCGGACCGACCCAGCAGAGGGGGAGCGUCCUGUUCUUCACCUGCGUUCAGGUGAUCAUCUGUGUGACCUGGCUGUCCCUGAGUCCACCGCUUCCUCACCGCAGCUUCAGCGCUCAGGGUUCGAGGAUCAUCCUGGAGUGCAUGUCCGGGUCCUUCCUGGGUUUCUCUCUGGUCCUGGGCUACAUCGGCCUGCUGGCGGCCAUCUGCUUCCUGCUGGCUUUCUUCGCCCGGAAGCUUCCGGACAAUUUCAACGAGGCCAAAUUCAUCACCUUCAGCAUGUUGAUCUUCUGCGCCGUGUGGAUCGCCUUCGUCCCGGCGUACGUCAGCUCUCCGGGGAAGUACAGCGUCGCCGUGGAGAUAUUCGCCAUCCUGGCGUCCAGUUUCGGCCUCCUGCUGUGUAUAUUCGGCCCCAAGUGCUACAUCAUUCUACUCAGACCAGAGAAGAACACCAAAAAAUUCCUCAUGGGGAAAACAUAG